AAUACAUUUGAUGAAAUAUUCAUAUGUUCCUACAUGUUUGCAAAUGGCACAUCCCACGGAGGAAAUACCCGUUUGGUCAGCAUUACGGAAACUUCCCGGGGUAAGGUGUGUGUGAGUCUGUUCUAUUGUUUACUGGGGAAUUCCACACUGAGAGUGCUGCAGCAGGAUUCCAUGAGCGGUAACAUCACAGUCAUUGACCAGAGAGAAAACACUUUCAACAGUACUGCAAGAUCAUGGAUGCCACUGCAAAUCAGUCACGAAGCUUCAACAAUCUGGCGGCUCGUUAUUGAGGCUGAAGUUCUACAAGGUGGUGUUGCAGUUGAUGAUGUGCGUGUGGAAUAUAAAGAAUGUGAAAGUCCAAAAACAUGCGUUUGAAGUACAUCAAUUCUCUCUUUCAUAUUCCUUGAAUGUUAAAGGUUUAUAUUCUCUCUUUCAUAUUCUUUGAGUGUCAAGAUCAGUAUUUCAGAUAUCUCCUUGUAUGUGGUAGUUUAAAUUCAACUGUGUUGUAAUUUUUCAUGCAAAAGGUUUUGAAAUAAAUAUUAAUCUGAUAA